GAAAGAUAUGAACUGGAGAGACAAUUAAUUGUAAAAUAAAUCGGUACUAAAAGUAAAUAACUAAACUAGUGGCCUUGACUUGUUAAUCUCUUUCACUCUUGAUCCCAAAAUUGCUGCUACUGUGUUAGAAAAUGGCCAACAAGGUUUCCAAUUUCUCGGAUCUGAUCCAACGUGUCACUGCUUCUUGCUUGCUCCAUCCACUUUCCUCCAACGGCCACAUCUCCGGUGCUCGUGACGCCGACGAAUCUGAAGAUGACAAGUACAGUACCGAAGACGACGACGAAGAAGAAGAAGAACACCCACCUUAUGUGGAAACUCUGGAAAAAUUCCAGAAUUUUGAGGUAAAAAAUGAGGAGAUAAGAACUGAGAAAGUAAUUGAAAUGGAAAUGCUUUUAGGGGAAGUGUUCGAUGCAGUGUCGGCAAUGAAGAAGGCUUACGUUAGUCUACAGGAGGCGCAUUGUCCAUGGGAUCAGGAUAAAAUGCGCGUGGCUGACGUGGCUGUGAUAUCUGAACUGCGAAGGCUUGGAGUGUUGAGGGAAAGAUUCCGGCGGAAUGUCGGCGGUGGAAGUGAAAGAGGGGACUGGAGAGUCGGGGCGGCGACGCUGAGAGAAGUGGUGGCGCCGUAUGAGUCGACCGUGGAAGAACUGAAGCAAGAAGUGAGGGCAAAGGACAUUGAGAUCGAUGAUUUGAAGGAGAAGCUAAAAACGGCGACGUUGCUUAGCAGCAAUAGUGGAAAGAAAAACAAGUCAAAACGAAGAGUUAACUGCAGCAGUCAAGCUCCAGUUAAUAUGUCGCCGGCACCUGACCUGUUCGAAUCUACAGUGAGCUCAGUUAAAGAAGCCUCAAAGUCCUUCACGAGUUUGCUCCUCUCUUUGAUGCGCUCUGCUCACUGGGACAUUGCGGCGGCAGUGAGAUCCAUUGAAGCUGCUUCAUCUAACUCCACCACACCAACGGCGGAUUCAAUUGUCGGAGCCAACCACGCAAAAUACGCACUGGAAUCUUAUGUGAACCGCAAAAUGUUCCAAGGAUUCGAUCACGAGACAUUCUACAUGGACGGAAGCUUGUCAUCACUCCUCCACCCAGACCAGCACCGCCGGGAGUGUUAUACACAGUACAGGGACAUGAAAGCCAUGGACCCAAUGGAACUUCUGGGAAUUCUCCCAACUUGCAGUUUUGGGAACUUCUGUUUCAAGAAGUAUUUGGCCAUUGUACACCCCAAAAUGGAGGAGUCUCUGUUUGGUGAUUUGGAGCAGAGGCGUCAGGUACUGGCUGGGAACCAUCCGAGGAGUCAGUUUUACGGGGAGUUUCUUGGACUAGCAAAGACCGUUUGGCUGCUGCAUUUGCUGGCGUUUUCUUUGGAUCCUCCGCCAAGUCAUUUUGAGGCAAGCAAUGGAUCCGAGUUUCACCCGAAGUACAUGGAUAGUGUGGUGAAGUAUUCCAUUUCCAUGGGGAUAGGAGGGAGAAUGGGUAUGGGUCUAGUUGUUGGGUUUCCAGUUAGUCCGGGGUUUAAGCUUGGAAAUGGAUCAGUUGUUAAGGCUAGGGUUUAUUUAGUCCCCAAAAAUGGGUUUUAAGUUUUUGGGAUGGACAUAAAUUAGUCCAUGCACUACUUGCCUCGUCUCUGUAUUAGUCCUAUUAGUUGGUAUCAAAAUAAAAACUGAUUCAUUUGACUUGGGGAUCGUUUCUAUGCAAACCAAUGAUUGAAAUUA